ACGAGCAUUUUUUGCAUCAUGGUUUAUUUUAGUCCCCGUGGCAUGCAGGAACCGUGUAGCCCACCAGGAAUACCGCAUACAGCGAAGAGUCCCACAAUGGAAGGAGCUGUCCCGGAUGCGGAGUCCGCCACUGACGCCACCGAGCGCCACAAUGUUCCGAGCCCUCAUGAGACGACCGUCACGAGUGUGGCUUCCACCGUCAGUGUGGCUGAGAGUGUGCAGUCGAUGGCAAACCGGCCGGUAGCGAAGAUUCAGCGACCUAGUGGGGGUACGUUGAAGUUUUCGAUCGCAAACAUUAUGGGACAGCCGGAUGAUCGCGAGGAGGAGGAGGAACGAGCGGAAGAUCAUGAAGAGGAGGAGGAAGAGGACGAACUGGAGGAGGAUGUGGAGGAAGAUGAUGAGGAUGCGGUAGUGGAUGUGGCGAGUGAUGAUGACACAAUUGAACUAUCGAUGACGUCGCCAUGUAGUAGCACUCAGUUCCGUAAGCGACGCCAUGAAAGUCACGAGAAGUCUAUGAGUCCGGUGUCGGCAGCAGGGUCGAGUCCCUGCUACGAACCCCCUUCGUCGAUGGGAAGUUCUGUGGCGGAGGCGUACGAUUCCGCGUUUAAGAAGUACGUCCCCAACUCGGUCCAUCAGUUCGUGGCAAGCAACCGUCAUCAGGAGCUACUGAGCCAGUAUCCACUGUUGUACUAUCCGGGGCAGUUGAUGUGUGCCGCAGCUCAGUACGCGGCACUUACACAUCAGCACCAUCAGCAGCAACAUCACAAUCACCAUCAUCAUCAUCAUGCGGCGGCUGUUGCGGCACUACAUCCCUACGGCACACCGGGACGUCUUCACAGUCCUACGCUAUCACCACCACCGACUGGAGCAGGUCUUCAGGGAGCUAGUACAGCUGUUCAGACAGCGAAUGUUCACAGCCAUCCAGCGCUAAAUGGACGUCAUCUACAUGGAGGCUCACAUGGCCAUCAUCAGCUUCUGUCGGCUGCGGCUGCGGCCGCCGCUGCUGCAGCUGCUGCCGCCGCUAGCCAGACCAAACCGAGUGCAAAGCGAGCUAAUCUGAAUGUUUCUGCCAGCAGUACCUGCUCGUCGCUGAGUUCUAGUGGCAGCUCAGCGGGAGGAUCUCCUGGCGGCAGUGGUCCGGAUGGUUCGCCCACCUCUUCAGCUGCUGCUGCAGCUGCAAUGGCGGCCAAGCAGAAAACGUUCGCCUGCCCCGAGUGUGGUAAGGUGUUCAAUGCGCACUACAACCUAACUCGUCACAUGCCCGUUCACACGGGAGCUCGACCGUUUAUCUGCAAAAUCUGUGGCAAGGGUUUCCGGCAGGCGUCGACGCUUUGUCGGCACAAGAUAAUUCACACCUCGGAAAAGCCACACAAGUGUCAGACGUGUGGUAAAGCUUUCAAUCGCUCUUCCACACUUAAUACACACACAAGAAUCCACGCAGGGUACAAGCCGUACAUCUGCGAGUACUGUGGCAAGGGGUUUCAUCAGAAGGGUAACUACAAGAAUCACAAGCUAACGCAUAGUGGUGAUAAGGCGUACAAGUGCACUAUCUGCAACAAAGCAUUUCAUCAGAUCUACAACCUUACCUUCCACAUGCACACGCACAACGAUAAGAAGCCGUUCACGUGCAAGAUCUGUGCCAAGGGCUUCUGUCGGAACUUUGACCUGAAGAAGCACAUGCGAAAGCUGCACGAUGUGAGUCUUGGAGGUGGUCACAAAAGGUCUCGGAGUUGUGGUACUCCACAGCACCACCAUCGAGGAUCGCCACUGGAUGGUCCGAGUCAACAUUCCGCCACGAGGUCUCCUGGACAUCAGCAUCCAUCCUUACCGCCACCUCCCCCUCCACCACCGGCAGCAUCGUCAGCUUCUUCCUCCGGUCCAGCAACACCCUCCUUGUCCGGUUCCCCGACAACCCACCAUCAUCCGUCUUCGCCGCAUCUUCAUCAUUCGCUUCAUCUGCACGGAUCGGGCCUUUCCCAUGGACCACCUCACCCUCACGGACACGUCGGUGUAGGACCGACGGAACUUCAAGCUCGCUCCUCUCCCGUACCGUCCUGGUCUAGUAGUGCAUCCUCGCUAGCCGCACUCCAUCACACAGCCGUUGCUGCAGCUGCUAUGCGCAACGGGGUAACUGGAGCAGGCGUUGACUAUGGUAGUCCGUUUCUCAUGCCAACCGGCCGCCAUCACCAUCAACGGUUAGCAGCGGCUGCAGCCGUCACCGACAGUCCCUUUAUUGGGAAAGUGUUCUGACAGAAGUACUACCAGCAUGCGUCGUCGGGCAUGAGCUUCGGCGGAUUGUCACCAGUGGCGCCACAAGUAGCCGCCGCGUCAGCAGCAAUCACUGUGACGGCUGUAGCUUCGGCUGUUGUACCGUAGGGAGGGCGCUC